CACACGGACCGUUCAGGGGGUGUGGUGUCACGUGGUGCUCUUAAAUUGCUGAAGUUUUGGAUAGGUUGCACAAAGUGGACACAAGCAUCCAACACACCAACAUCACCUGAGGACUGAAGCAAGAAUGGACGCAGGUCUCAGACCAGAGAACGGCGAACAAAGCUCCCUGACCUCAUCUUACCUGGAAGAACAGACGAACAAAUCAGGUGUGCUGUCCUGCAUCUUUUCUCUGAAGGAGGAGGUUGGUGCCCUUGCAAAAGCACUUCGACUUUUUGAGGGUAAAGGAAUUAAUCUGACCCACAUUGAGUCCCGCCCAUCACGCAAGAACAAAGGGCAAUAUGAGUUCUUCAUCAGAAUUGAUCCUGCCUCCUCCAAAGAUCUUGAUGAAGUUGUAAAUGACCUACGCACACAGAUCAGCGGCCAGGUGCACGAACUGACUCGCAAUAAAGAAAAAGACACAGUUCCAUGGUUUCCCAAUGACAUCCAGGACCUGGAUCGUUUUGCCAACCAGAUUCUCAGUUAUGGGUCGGAGCUGGAUGCAGAUCAUCCUGGCUUUACGGACCCUCAGUACCGUGCCAGGAGAAAGGAAUUUGCUGACAUCGCGUACAACUACAGACAUGGACAACCUAUUCCAAAUGUGGAAUACACAGCUGAAGAGAAGGCCACAUGGGGAACGGUUUUUAAAGAGUUAAAGACUCUGUACCCCACACACGCCUGCCGCGAACACAACCGUGUUUUUCCACUGCUGGAAAAAUACUGUGGCUACCGUGAGGACAACAUACCACAACUAGAGGACAUCUCACGCUAUCUGCAAUCAUGCACAGGGUUUCGUCUGCGUCCUGUGGCCGGUCUCCUCUCUUCUCGUGACUUCCUGGCCGGUCUCGCUUUCCGGGUGUUUCACUCAACCCAGUACAUACGGCACGGCUCCAAGCCCAUGUAUACACCUGAACCCGACAUCUGUCAUGAGCUUCUUGGUCACGUCCCAUUGUUUGCGGACCCAAGUUUUGCCCAGUUCUCGCAGGAAAUCGGACUGGCUUCUUUGGGCGCACCUGAUGAAUACGUUGAAAAGCUGGCUACUGUCUACUGGUUCACUGUAGAAUUUGGACUGUGCAAACAAGGAAAUGAAAUAAAAGCUUAUGGGGCAGGUCUGCUGUCAUCUUUUGGUGAACUACAGUACUGUUUGACAGACAAGCCAAAACUUCAGCCCUUUGAGCCGGAGAAGACCAGUCUGCAGAAGUAUCCUAUUACAGAGUUCCAGCCUGUUUACUUUGUGGCCGAGAGUUUUGAGGACGCCAAAGAAAAAGUCAGGAAAUUUGCAUCCAUCAUACCCAGACCUUUCUCUGUGCACUACAAUGCCUAUACACAGAGCAUUGAAGUGUUGGAUAACACACAUCAGCUGAAAAAUCUGGCUAACACCAUCAAUGGUGAGAUGUCAAUCCUGUGCAAUGCCCUACAGAAGAUGAAAUGAAGAAUGAUGCAAUGAUGCUAAUACUGACUGAAGUACAGAAGAAAUUGCAGUGUGAAAUGAAAAAUGCACAUGCGUUAGCCUUUUGCAUUGCUUUUUGAUGCCAUAUAUAUAUAACGUUUACUAAUAAAAUUGUGCAAGAUAGACAAUUAACCACAACGUUUAGCAAUAAUAUUAACGUAGUCUUUAUUCCAUGUAGAACUGUAUUAA